AAAACGCUGGCCAUAGGAUGAGGUUUCUCUCGUUUCCCCUCCUCCUCCUCCUCCUCUCCGCCGUCGCCGUCUUCAUCGCCGGCGACGGCGCCGGCGCCGCCAUCCUAGGGUUGGAUCUCCACCACCGAUUCUCCCCCACGGUGCGCCACUGGUUCGACUCACGCGGCUUCGGCGGCGCCUCCGGCUGGCCGGAAAAUGGCACGGCCGAAUACUACGCCGCCCUCGCCGCCCACGACCGCGCUCUCCACGGCCGUUCACUCUCUUCUUCCCCGCCUGACCUCACCUUCUCCGAGGGCAACGUCACCAUCCGCAUCACCUCCCUUUCUUUCUUGCACUAUGCGAUGGUGACGGUGGGGACGCCGGGUGCGACGUUUCUAGUGGCGUUGGACACUGGGAGUGACCUCUUCUGGUUGCCUUGCGAUUGCUAUGGCUGUGCUUCGAGUUCAUCCUUGAAUUCCAUGCCCGAUUUUCAGGUUAGCUUGUAUAGUCCCAAUGCAUCUGUGACUAGUCAUGCAGUUCCUUGCAAUAGCAACUUCUGUGAACAGCAAAAAACUGGUUGCUCUGGAGUAACUAGCUCUUGUCCGUACAAGGUUGUAUAUGUAUCUAAUGAUACUUCUUCUUCUGGAAUUUUUGUUGAGGAUGUCAUGUUCUUCAGAACAGAAGAUACUCAGUCUGAAAUUGUUGAGGCACGGAUAAUAUUCGGUUGUGGACAGGACCAAACUGGUGCUUUUCUAGAACAUGCAGCUCCCAAUGGUUUACUUGGGCUAGGUAUGGAAAAGGUAUCGGUUCCAAGCAUUUUAUCAAGUGCUGGAUUCACAUCAAAUUCCUUUUCUAUGUGCUUUGGGCAUGAUGAUAUUGGAAGAAUCAGCUUUGGAGACAAAGGUAGCUUAGACCAAGAUGAAACUCCAUUCAAUGUCGACCAGUUACACCCUAAAUACAACAUCAAUAUAAUUGGAAUGCUUGUAGGAAAUUCUGCCAUUGAUGCAGAUUUCAGUGCUUUGGUUGACACUGGUACCUCAUUCACAUAUUUUAUUGAACCAAUAUAUUCGCAACUCUCAAAAGCUUUCCAUGAGCAGGUGCAGGAUAAACAAUACACAACUGAUUCAAAGAUCCCAUUUGAAUAUUGUUACAUUAUGAGUUCUGGUACAAGUAAUGUACCUACUGUAACCCUAACAACAAGCAGUGGUAGUCCUUUUCCUGUUAACUAUCCAAUAAUUGCCUUCCCUGUUCAGGCAAAUGAAUUAGCAUAUUGUUUUGCUGUUGCCAAAGGUGACAAACUGAACAUCAUUGGGCAAAACUUUUUGACCGGCCUUCAAGUUGUCUUUGAUCGAGAGAGGAUGAUCUUGGGUUGGAAAAAGGUUAGCUGUUAUGAUGUCAAAAAUUCAGGCUCUCUUCCCACAACUCCUCGGAACUCAUCAUCUUCUCAUCCUGGUGCUGCCGGGCCUAAUAUCAACAGGCCUGAGGCCAGGAAGGAGACGGGGAGCAAUAACCAAGUCACCGUAGCGACAUCCCCAGCCAAUUAUUCGACAAAUUUGAUGAACAAUUUGAUUUUGUUGUUGUUUCUUCUCCAUUUGAUCAAUAUCUGAUCAUGUCUUUCCUGUUAUUCUGUAGAUCUAUGUCCAGGUUUGUCUCUAUCUCAAAAUGUAUCGGUGGCCGAUACUAUUCCUUUGUAUAUUGGUCAAGGCUUAUUAGGUUAGUUUACACGAUAUAAAGCCUUGGUUCUGGCAUUUCAUGUAUUUUUCUCUAGUGAAUGUCAGAAGUUGUAAAGAAAUAUGGUUGUGGUUGUUAUAUUGUCUUUUCAAUAAGAGAAUAUGGUUGAGGUUAUUGUCCUUU